GGAGCGCUGAGCCCUUUCAGUGCUGUGUAGCUAGCGGUGGAGCUGGUUCUCCAGGCGGUGAAUUGAACUUGUGAGCUGAUUCGAGGUGUUCCCCGUGGCCGACCCAGGAUUCCGGCGUUGCUGCUUUCCGUCGAGAAAUUUAUCAUCUUUCCUGCCGUUCGACGAGCCACAGUUCCGGCCGGGCGUGCCCCUGUCCAAGCGGAAGGGAAUCGCAAAGCCCCCUUUCCUUAGCUUGCAUUGCAACAGAACCGAUGGCGGUCCGAGGGGAGAAACACGUGAGGUUUCAGGAUUCGAGAUCAGAGCAAUCUAUUGGAUCAGAUAACAUUGUUUCAGAUGGAAGCCAUCACGUCUUUGGCUCGCCAAGCGAUAGAAUUGCCGGGGCCUUUUCAUUCGCAGGAAACUCUUCGCAUUCUGAAACUAUGAACAAAUCAGCUUCGGACGGGAUGAAGUCCAAAGCAAGAGUUCUUGAUCCUCAGGGGCCAUUUUUGCAGAGAUGGAACAAGAUAUUUGUGAUAUCAUGUUUUAUUUCAGUUUCUGUGGACUCACUGUUCUUAUAUACCCCGGAGGUUGAUGGUGACAACAACUGCCUGUAUCUGGAUGAGAAGUUGGAAAUAAUAGCAAGUAUUCUGCGUUCUCUCACGGAUAUCUUCUAUUUACUCCGUAUAAUAUUUCAGUUCAGGACAGGCUUUAUUGCUCCUUCUGGAGUGUUUGGUCGGGGUGUCUUGGUUGAAGACACAUUUGCGAUAGCAACGCGGUAUCUAUCAACAUAUUUUCUGAUUGACUUCUUAGCAGUUCUGCCCCUCCCACAGGUGUUUGUGUUGUUGGUGCUAUCCCAUCUCCAAGGUUCAGAUGUUAUGAAGGCAAAAAAUAUAUUAAUGCUCAUAAUUAUAUGCCAAUAUGUGCCUCGACUGAUUCGAAUAAUACCACUCUACCUUCAAAUCACAAGAUCAGCUGGUACAAUUAUGGAUACAGCAUGGGCCGGUGCUGCUUUUAACCUUUUAAUUUAUAUGCUCGCUAGUCAUGUCCUUGGAGCUCUUUGGUACAUUCUUUCUAUUCAACGACAAGACACUUGUUGGAGAGAAGCAUGUAAUAGCCAGGAUGGUUGUGAUCUUGCAUCUUUAUAUUGUGGCAGUACUGCAUUUGAAAAUAAUACUUUCUUACAAGAUGCUUGCCCAAUAAAUGGCACUGACAAUCCAGACCUAAUCUUUGGAAUUUAUCAACAAACUCUCCAGAAUGUUUCACAAUCGACGAGUUUCUUCGAAAAGUUAUUCUUUUGCUUUUGGUGGGGACUACAAAAUCUAUGUUCUUGUGGUCAAAACCUGAAAACAAGCACUUAUACAUCGGAGAAUCUGUUUGCUGUUUUCGUCUCAACGUCGGGCUUGGUUUUAUUUGCACUCCUUAUUGGUAAUGUUCAGACCUAUUUACAAUCAGCCUCUGUGCAUAUAGAAGAAGCGAGAGUGAAAAGGCGUGACACAGAGCAGUGGAUGGCACACAGACUACUUCCUGAGUGUCUCAAGGAGCAAAUACUGCGUCAUGAACAAUAUAGGUGGCAAGAAACGCAAGGGGUUGAUGAAGAGAGCCUUCUUAUGAAUCUUCCCAAGGAUCUUAGGAGAGAGAUAAAGCGGCAUCUUUCUCUGUCACUUCUCAUGAGGGUUAAAAUGUUUGAAAACAUGGACGAGCAGCUCUUGGAUGCGAUGUGUGAUCGUCUAAAACCUAUGCUGUACACAGAAGGCAGCUGCAUCAUUCGCGAAGGUGACCCGGUGACUGAAAUGCUCUUCAUCAUGAGAGGAACACUCGAGAGCAUGACAACAAAUGGUGGACAAAUCGGCUUCUUCAACUCCGAUGUUCUCAGAGGCGGCGACUUCUGUGGCGAAGAGCUCCUCACAUGGGCUAUUGAUCCCACUUCAUCUUCGAACCUACCUGGCUCAACCCGGACAGCGAAGACGUUGUCGGAAGUCGAAGGUUUUGCUCUGAGGGCUGAUGACUUGAAGUUUGUGGCCACCCAAUUCAGGAGGCUCCACAGCAAGCAGCUCCGACAUACCUUCAGGUUUUACUCGCAGCAAUGGAGAACCUGGGCUGCCUGCUUUAUACAGGCAGCUUGGCACAGAUACUGCAGAAAGAAGAUGGAAGAUACUCUGAAUGAGAAGGAGAAGGUGUUCCGAGCGGCUAUUGUCAGUGACGACUGUAGUUCGCUCAGUCUUGGUGCAGCACUCUAUGUCGCACGUUUUGCUUGCAACAUGAUGCGGUUCUUACGGAGAAAUGCCACCCGAAACAAUGCCCGUUUGCAGGAAAGAGUGAUUGUAUGGUUGUUACAGAAGCCAGCAGAACCCAACUUUUUUGCCGAAGAACGGUGA